AUGGUCAAUGUUCAGGACUACAAUGCUCCAAAUCUCGGGCUGCCAACGAAUUUCCGUGCCAUUCUACGCACCGACGAUUUGCUUUGGGGAACAUGGUGCCAUAUCGCUUACGAAGAAGUCGCCCGCGUUCUGGCCCUGCUACCUCACGAGUUCUGCUUUAUCGACGGUGAACACACGCCGAUGGGACCGAAGGAACUGACUGCCGUGACGCGGGCCAUAAACUUCUACUCAGGGGGUUCCAUGAUCCCCUUCGUGCGCGGUACAACCCCCGAUAUGGUGAACCACGCCCUGAAUGCCGGUGCAGGGGCCAUCGUCAUGCCUCACAUCCGUACCAAAGCGGAGGCUGAAGUGCUGGUCCGUCUCGUCCGCUUUCCCCCUCAUGGCGACAGAAGUGUGCCCCCAAAUGCCUUGCUGGGCCGUCAAAACAAUUUGCCAGAUGGCCUCAGGGCCAUGGACAUCUGGGACGAUCAUGUCGCGGUGUUUGCGCAGGUAGAGGACGUACAGGGAGUAGAAAACAUUGAGGAAAUCGCGCGGGUUCCCGGUCUCGACGGGAUCAUGGUCGGCGGAUGGGACUUACAGUCCUCAAUGAAGCUAAGCCCCAGUCGUGCUGGAAAUCACCAUCCAGAGUUCUUGGCCGCUAUUGAGAAGAUACAGCGUGCGGCGGACGCAAAUAGCCUCGCGGUCAUGGGGGCUGCGACGCCGGAUACCUUAGCAGAUCGCAUUAGGCUCGGCUGGAAGCUCAUUAUAACCAGUCCUGAUGCGGAGGGGAUCCUUAACUGGGGGAUGCUACGGCUGGAGGAGUGCAAGAAACUCGCGGGGGAAGUGCCUCGCCCGGGGAAACAUGCGGCGCAGCAAGAUCAGGGCUGA